AUGAUGUUUCACAUCUCGUUUACUGAAGUUUAUACAUCGUCCAGGAAAAUCCAGGAUAUGGUUUUACAGGAGCAGCAAAUUUUGAAUAAUUUACAGGCAGCUGUUACAGAAUUGAGGAAUGAAACAGCUUUGUUGUUAUUCUCAAAAUUCUACAGGGACCGUGUGUUUAAAGUUGAAAAGCGCCGAUAUGCUACAAAUCCUCGGGAAACUCUGAGCCACCCCAAUGGAAUUUACUUCUACAUCAAACAUUUUGCUACCGAUUAUGAGAAUAUUAGGUCUGUCCUUGAGCACGCACAGUCCUGGUCUGUACGAAAGUAUCUGUCAUCAGUUGCAGACCAGGCAGAUGUCAGAGGCGCCCUGAGAUCAUUUCUGCGGCUCCAGACUGUGUACAACCUCUCAACGUCUGACAUGAUCAGGGGAAAUUACUUCGGACGGUUGGGACCAGAGCUUGGCCAGGAGGACGUCAUGGAGAUUGGCCGAGCUGCCCUUGACAGUGGGAGAGUGGAAAGGGCCAUCGAAUGGUUGGAGGCAGCCUUACAGCUAGUCGAUAACAAAGAACCCACUGUUGGCUUUCAUCUUUUUGAAUCAGGAACCUCGUUAACGGGACAGAUUCAGGCACUUCUGGGCAGAGCAUAUAAUCAUCAAGGAGACAGACAGAAAGCCACCGAGAUGUACAAGAUGGCCGUCAGCUUAGAUCCCCAAAACGUCCAAGUCAAACAACUGGAACGGGAAUUAGAAUUCAGACCACCACUGGCUGUCGACCCAAGCACGCAGAGACCAUUCAAAGAAGAAUUAGGACGUCUAUGCAAGCUACAAAAUAAACUGACAAAGAACAAGUUUGACCGGAGAUUGAACUGCACAUAUAGACAAGUCCUGCUCCCCUACUAUAGGUUUAAAAUGGAACUAAUUUCUGUGACGCCUUAUGUGGCUCUUUUCUUUGACGUCAUCACAGAUGAAGAAAUCAACGGUCUGACAAAUUAUGCGACUGAUAAGCUGAAAAGAGGGGUUGUUUUAGCCGGUCGAGAAAGUAUUUUCGUGGAGUCUAGGACGAGUGAUACCUAUUUUGUCACAAACGAGGAAUCUCCCAUCGCUGACCGACUAUCCAAGCGGACAGGGGCCAUUCUAGGUCUGGAGGCUGCCCACGAUAAACAAGACAGCUUCUUGUCUAGUGACCCAUUCCAGGUUGUUAAUUAUGGCAUGGGAGGUCACUAUGAUGUACACUUGGAUUCCGUUAAUAAA